GAAAUUUAUAUCCAUCAAGAAUUCAACACCUCUCUCACUAUUCUCUGUUUCGAUUCUCACAGUGCACCAUCAACGAAUUCUUCUUUCUUCUUCCAAUGCUAAAGCUUCUCUCUUCCUCUUCCUCAACUCCCAAGACGUUAAUCACAAGUCCUGCAACACUUCUCUUCUUUGCGCGCUUUCUAAGCCAGUCCUUCUCAGAUGAUCUUUUUGACCCUCCCUUCACUCCUAAAACCUCAAAAACCGUCCAAAACGAUACUGAACCCGGUGAUGAUCCUCCAUUUUCUCCUAAACCCACAAAAACCCAUAAAACCAAACCCAAGAAAACCCAACAUAGAGCUCCGGUCUUGAAAGAGGAACCCAAAGGUCCGGUUAGGUCGGACCUUCCUUUUGACUUCAGGUACUCCUAUUCGGAAACAGACCCGAAUGUUGAACCAAUUGGGUAUCGUGAGCCGAAGAGGUUCUCUCCCUUUGGUCCUGGACGGUUAGACAGGAAAUGGACUGGAAUUUGUGCUGUCGGGCAGGAGGAUGUGGAUUCGGGUCGGGUUGAGGAGGAGAGGAAGCGAAUUCUUGGUGACCCGCUUACGGAGGAAGAAGUUGCCGAGCUUGUGGAGCAGUACAGGCAUAGCGAUUGCAACCGGCAAAUCAAUCUUGGGAAGGGGGGAGUCACACACAACAUGUUGGAUGACAUCCACAACCAUUGGAAGAGAGCUGAAGCUGUGAGGAUCAAAUGCUUGGGGGUGCCAACACUUGACAUGGACAACGUUUGCUUCCACCUGCAGGAAAAAUCUGGUGGGAAGAUUAUCUACCGGCAAAUUAAUAUCCUUCUGAUAUAUCGAGGCCGGAACUAUGACUCUAAGAACAGACCGGCUGUUCCUCUCAUGUUGUGGAAGCCUUAUGCUCCAAUAUACCCAAGGCUUGUGAAGAAUGUGGCUGAUGGUCUUACAUUUGAAGAAACAAAGGAACUGAGGAACCGUGGAUUGAACACCCUUGCUCUGACAAAACUAACCAGGAACGGUGUCUACGUAAAUGUGGUGGAGAGAGUGAGGGAGGCCUUCAACACUGAAGAGGUUGUGAGACUAGACUGCACCCAUGUGGGUACCAGUGACUGCAAAAAGAUUGGAUUGAAGCUAAGGGAACUGGUGCCUUGUGUCCCUAUAUUGUUCAAGGAUGAGCAGAUAAUACUCUGGAGGGGGAAGAGUGAUCAGAAACAGGAACCUCAUCCCGAGCCUGACCCGUCAAAUGACAUUUGAGAUCCUUGGAUAUUUGAGUUAGAUGACAACUUUGGCAUGAAAGGAUUGGUUAAUGGUUAUUCAACCUCUGUCUCUUAACACUCUACAAGCUGAAAGAAGAAGAAAUACUUGAG